AUGCGCUCGACAAAAAAAGCUUUAAAGUAAGUUUCUAUAUGAUUAUCCGAAAUUGAAAAUUUUUAUUUAGGCAACAAGCGUAUGAAAUGUUUAUGCACGGGUAUCGGUCAUACAUGGACUAUGCGUAUCCAGCAGACGAGUUAAUGCCUUUGUCUUGUAAAGGACGGGUUCGAGGAGUUACUCCAAGCAGAGGCGACGUCGAUGACAGCCUUGGAAAGUUCGUAUUUUUCGAUUCAAAAAACUAAGUGAAUGCGACUUUCAGCUUCUCCCUCACUUUAAUCGAUGCUCUCGACACACUGGUUGUUUUAAGCGAAUUUGACGAGUUUGAGAAAGCUGUAGAUUUGAUAAUAAAUAAUGUUCGAUUCGAUUCUGAUCACGUUGUCAGUGUCUUUGAGACGAAUAUCCGAGUUUUAGGAGGACUUGUUUCAGGUUUGAAAAAAUAGUUGUCAACUGAAAAUAAAUAAUUUAAGGUCAUUUAAUGAGUGAACUCGUGAAAGGAAAAUUCCCCGAUAGGAUGAAAAACUACAAUGGGCAAUUGCUAAAAAUGGCCGUUGAUGUCGGGGAUCGUCUCCUGCCGGCUUUUAACACUUCCUCCGGAUUGCCCUUUAGUAGAGUGAGCUUCUAUUUUUUCGCCAUAAAUUCUACUUCGUACUUUAAGAUUAAUCUUCGAUAUGGAAUGCUAGAACACUUGAAGAGGCAAAGAGACACUUGUACUGCCUGUGGCGGGACCAUGUUACUUGAAAUGGCUGCGCUUUCUCGUCUGACAGGCAAUCCAGUCUACGAACUGAAAGCUCGGAAAGCCAUGGAUUUUCUCUGGGCGCAGAGACAUAGGUCCUCCGACCUCAUGGGAACCGUCCUGAAUGUACACUCUGGCGACUGGGUUAGGAGAGGUGGGAUACGUUAUUUAUUUUUUUUUCUUGCAGUCUCAUUUGAUUAAAUUACAUUGAAAGUUGAAAAGUUUUGUGUGUUUUCUAGAACUUCAUAAACCUUUUCUUUCAAAUUCAAACAACUAUUUUCAGAAAGCGGAAUCGGGGCUGGAAUCGAUUCGUAUUACGAGUAUUGCCUCAAAGCCUACAUUCUUCUUGGCGACCGAAACUACCUGGAGAGAUUCAAUAGAGUGAAACUCUCUUCCUGGUUACUUGAAACUUAAAAAUUAUCAUUUGCAGCAUUAUGACGCUAUAAUGCGUUAUGUGAACAAAGGACCUCUUUUUGUCGAUGUUCAUAUGCAUCGUCCAACGGUAGCCACUAGAGGGUUCAUGGAUUCUUUGCUUGCUUUUUGGCCAGGGCUCCAGGUCAUUAUCAUUUCCAAAGUUGAAUUCAAACAAUUUUUUAAGGUUUUGAAAGGCGACGUUCCGCAAGCUAUCGAGAUGCACGAAAUGCUCUUCCAAGUCAUACAAGUGAGCUAAAUGGCCCGUUCAUUUUUCAAACGUUUUCUUAUAGAAGCACAAAUUCUUGCCCGAAGCCUUCACCCAUGAUUUUCAAGUUCAUUGGGGAGAACACCCGCUUAGGCCAGAAUUUGUUGAAAGCACAUAUUUUUUGUAUCGAGCUACGAGAGAUCCGCAUUAUUUGGAGGUGGCCAAGCAGGUGAUUGGAGUAAUUACAACUUGAAAGUACAAGUUUUGGUUUCAAGGUCAUGGACAGUAUAAAUGAGUACGUACGCGUCCCUUGUGGCUUUGCGUCGAUCAAAGACGUGCGAACAAUGAGUAAAGAGGAUCAGUCAGUCAUUUCACAUCUUCAUGUUGCUCUAACUUUAAAAAGUGUUUGAAAGCUCCUUCCUUCAACCUUUGCAGUGAAGACUUAAAAAAUAUUAAAUUUAACGAUUAAUUUACAAAAAUUUGAAUUUUUUCUAGAACCACGUAUUUCAAGUUUUUUUUAGCUUGUACUUCAUCUUUUUUAAAUUUCACUGAAGUUAUAUUGCCUAAUAUUUGAAACUCGAAUUUUUAAGACAAAAUCAAAACUCUGAAACAAAUUAUAUUCAGAAUGGAGUCGUUUGUGUUAUCGGAGACCUUCAAGUACCUCUAUAUGAUUUUUCGCCGAGCCAUCUGA